CACAAUCGUAAUAAUAAUAAUAAAUAUUUCCUAAAGGGAGUUAAACGGCAAUGGCGUCGCUCUCUGUUCCCCUCAUCCCCUGCUCUUCUUCUUCCGCAUCUGCUUCUUCUUCCGCCUCCUCUUCUUUGUCUCCACUAAGCUUUAAUGGCGGCAGCGGCAUUCAUCAUUACUACCCUCACAACAACCACUGCCGCAAGAAGAAGUUCCUCGAAGCCGACGGCGUUUUUUCUUCAUCUCAUCAUUUCAGGAAAAGGAUAUCUGCAAAGCCCUUCGUCAGGAGGGGCUUAGUGGUCAAGUCUGCUGCUGCUGGAGCUGACUAUUACUCCACUCUUGGGGUUCCUAGAAGCGCCACCACUCAGGAAAUCAAGUCCGCUUACCGGAAGUUAGCUCGUCAGUACCACCCUGAUGUCAACAAACAACCUGGAGCAACAGAAAAGUUUAAGGAGAUCAGUGCUGCAUACGAGGUGCUAUCAGAUGACAAAAAGCGGGCUUUGUAUGACCAGUAUGGUGAAGCUGGAGUUAGAAGUACAGUAGGAGGAGGACAAGCUGGCCCUUAUACGACGAAUCCUUUUGAUCUGUUUGAGACAUUCUUUGGGCCUAGUAUGGGUGGUUUCCCUGGCAUGGACCAAGCUGGAUUUGGAACACGUCGACGUAGUACUGUUACAAAGGGUGAUGAUCUACGCUAUGAUAUGACAUUAGAAUUUUCGGCGGCUAUAUUUGGAGCAGAAAAAGAAUUUGAGCUUUCACAUCUUGAAACAUGUGAAGUUUGCACUGGCACUGGAGCAAAGAUAGGGUCCAAAAUGAGGAUAUGUUCAACUUGUGGUGGGAGGGGCCAGGUUAUGCGGACUGAACAAACGCCAUUUGGCAUGUUUUCACAGGUUUCUGUAUGUCCAAAUUGUGGAGGAGAUGGUGAAGUGGUUUCUGAAUACUGUAGGAAGUGCUCUGGCGAGGGGCGUGUUCGUGCUAAGAAAGAUAUCAAAGUUAAAAUUCCACCUGGGGUCAGCAAGGGCAGUAUUCUUAGAGUUGCUGGGGAGGGUGAUGCUGGGCCAAAGGGGGGCCCUCCAGGAGAUCUUUAUGUCUAUCUUGAUGUUGCGGAAAUACCAGAGAUACAACGAGAUGGCAUAAAUCUAGUUUCAACUGUUUCAGUUAGUUAUCUUGAUGCCAUAUUGGGUAGUAUUGUUAAGGUCAAGACAGUUGAAGGACAUACCGAACUGCAGAUUCCUCCAGGUACUCAACCUGGAGAUGUGCUUGUUUUGGCAAAGAAAGGAGCACCAAAGCUCAACAGACCAUCAAUACGUGGUGAUCACCUAUUUACAAUUAAAGUUACCAUACCCAAACGUAUUAGUGCCAAGGAGCGUGAACUGCUUGAAGAACUUUCUUUUCUGAAGGAUGGUUCCAGCAACCGUCCACGGACUCGGCCUCGAGCUCAGGAAGCUAGUAGAAGUAUAGAAAGUGAAAAUGGUUCUGUUACAGAGGAAGCUGAUGAUGUGGGAGAUCAUAAUGACAUUUGGAAGAAGUUAAAAGAUUUUGCUGGGUCUGUUGCAAACGGAGCUCUAAAAUGGUUCAAAGACAACCUCUAGUUGUUGAAUUUCACAGGCUUAGGCUUAGGUUUAGGCUUGGAACAAACAUAAAUUCAUGGCACAUUGCUGCUGGCAUCUGUUCCAUUUUGCUUCUAUGGAAAAGGGUGUCACAAAGGUCAUGCCUUGUGUUGCUAUUGGAGAGGUAAGUUUUUUGGAUCAUGUCGAAUCAAUUUUCUUUUUUCACUUUCUUUCCUAUUUUUCCACCUUUUAAAUCCGUAGCAUCUGCUUAUUGGGAUAGACUUUCAUAUUGAAGUGUAUCCACCUGUAUGCCAAGGGCACUUUGAAAUUGGUGCAUGUAAAUAUAAUUGAAUUUUAUGGAAUGAAUAAUAGUGUUGCAGCUUAAGAAUCUCUUCUUUUUUUUAAAAAA